AUGUUUUGCAGGGCUGUUCUCGUUGCCGUCUUGGCCCUCGGCAGCCCGGCCAGCGCCCUAUGGCCAGCGCCGAAGCAAGCCUCGACUGGCAACGGCACACUCUUCAUUGACCAGACGGUCCAGGUAACCUACAACGGCGAACAGGUGCGAUGGAUUCCGUACAGUCCACAUGAUUACCCCGGAUUCCCGGAUGGCGCAGACUUUGCUGAGACCAGGGUGGAUAAUCAACAGAUCUCUUACACGGCCGGCUACGUGCCGCCCAGCGGACCGCACUUCGACAGCAAGCAGAUCGUCCAGGGCGGCCUCUCGCGCACCUUUGGCGCAAUCUUCCAGCAGGGCUUCGUGCCGUGGAUGCUGCGAACGCGCGGCUCGGAUUUCGAACCGGCCCUUGGCGGGAAGCGCAUCCAGACGCUGCAGAUUGUCCAGACGCAGCACGAUACCGGCAAGACCUUCAAGCCGCUCAACGGCGCCGUCAACGAAUCGUACUCCCUGGACGUGGAUUCAAAGGGCCAUGCUACCCUCAUAGCACCGUCGUCGACCGGCAUUCUUCGCGGCCUGGAGACGUUCUCGCAGCUCUUCUUCCAACACAGCUCCGGCACCGCCUGGUACACGCAGCUUGCGCCGGUUUCGAUCCGCGAUGAGCCCAAAUAUCCUCACCGAGGCAUGUUGCUUGAUGUCAGUCGCCACUGGUUCGAGGUCUCCGACAUCAAGCACACAAUCGAUGCGCUGGCUAUGAACAAAAUGAAUGUCCUGCAUCUGCACGCCACUGAUACGCAGUCUUGGCCACUGGAGAUUCCCGCCUUGCCCCUAUUGGCCGAGAAGGGCGCCUACCACAAGGGAUUGAGCUACUCGCCCAGUGAUCUCGCCAGCAUACAGGAGUAUGGCGUCUACAGAGGUGUCCAGGUCAUUAUAGAAAUCGACAUGCCAGGCCAUGUUGGAAUCGACCAGGCAUACCCCGGUCUAAGCAAUGCCUAUGGCGUGAACCCCUGGCAGUGGUAUUGCGCCCAACCACCUUGCGGAUCCCUCAAGCUGAACGAUACCAACGUCGAGAAGUUCCUCGACACGCUGUUUGAAGAUCUGCUGCCUCGCCUAUCGCCCUACUCGGCCUAUUUCCACACUGGUGGCGAUGAGUACAAGGCGAACAACUCGCUGCUCGACCCGGCACUGAAGACAAACGACCAGAGUGUCCUGCAGCCGCUGCUCCAGAAGUUCUUGGACCACGUGCAUGGCAAAGUCCGCGAGCUGGGACUCGUGCCCAUGGUGUGGGAAGAAAUGAUUCUGGACUGGAACGCCACGCUGGGCAAGGAUGUUGUUGCCCAAACAUGGCUUGGUGGGGGGGCAAUUCAGAAGCUGGCCCAGCUGGGAUAUAAAGUCAUUGACAGCAGCAACGAUUUCUACUAUCUUGACUGCGGACGUGGCGAGUUCCUCGACUUCGACAACGGAGCCCCCUUCCAAAACAACUACCCAUUCCUUGACUGGUGUGACCCAACCAAAAACUGGAAGCUCAUCUACUCCCACGAGCCCACUGACGGCGUGUCCUCGGAGCUUCAGAAGAACGUCAUUGGCGGUGAACUCGCCGUCUGGACCGAGACCAUUGACACGACCAGCCUCGACACAAUCAUCUGGCCGCGAGCCGGCGCCGCAGCCGAGAUCUGGUGGUCGGGACGAGUGGACGAGGCGACGGGCACGAACCGGUCGCAGCUUGAGGCGCGGCCGAGAUUGUCGGAGCAGCGAGAGAGGAUGUUGGCGAGAGGAGUGCGAGGAGCGCCGAUUACGCAGUUGUGGUGUAGUCAGGUUGAUGUGCAUGACUGUGAGGGAGGCAACUAUUAA